GCCGUUGUGGGUCACAAUGUUUAGAAGUAGAGACUGUAGAGACCAGAGCCAUGUUGUCACAGCAGGAGCUGGAAGCCUUAUUAAAUCUCAUGAAGGAGCCAAGCAAGGCCUUCGAGGCCAUCGCUGUCAGCUUCUACAAGAACUUCACAAAAGCUGAUCAGUUCAAAGCUGGCUGUGUGAUUUGCAUGCUCAUCCAGGACAAUCUUUUGACGCAGACCCAACGAAUGGUUGGAUUCUAUCUCCUCUAUGACAUCUACCGGAAUGAAGGCCAAGCAACGACACCUUUCGUUCCCUUGGUCCUGGAGAUUGUCGAACAAACCAGUGAUGCGGCUGAGAGGAAGUUUCUGCUGCAGUUCCUUUCGUCCUUGCCUAAGGACCUGCCCAAGCAAAGCGUGCAGAGCUUCCUGCAAAGCUGCACAGGAGAUGAACGAGAGAUCGAAUUGCCGGAUCUUGAGGCUUUCCGGCGCAUGCAUCAGGAGAGUGCUCCUACUGUGAGUGCCUCUGCUGCUCUGGGUGUGAGACCUGUGAUAAACGAUGGCUCCGAAGGCCGCUGGGUGUCGCCAGAUGACAUCUCCAAUGUUUCCUCCAGAUUUCCAGAAUUUCCCUUGGAACUCAACUCAGAGGAAUUGACAUUGCUGUCGCUGGAACCUGCUUGGGCCAGACCUGUCCCUCCCCUCUUGGAGGCAACAGUCGAUGAGGUCUUUUGGCUCUCGCCUUCGCAACUGCUCUCAGAGCCGUUGUGGGACUAUACCAUGUGUGUUGACACUUCAAGAGGCACUGAAGUCAAAGAGCUGAUUGGAAAGGCGGUGAAGACUCCCUUGCCACCGAAUCAGGCACAGGUGAUUGUGGAUGGUCUUAGUCAGGAUGCCAAGUUGGUGUACCAUUGCGGCAUGACUCCCAAGAAACUUCCAGAGCUCGUUGAAAACAACCCGCAGAUCGCCGUGGAGGUCUUGUUGAAGCUCAUGGGCAGCUCACAAAUUAGUCUCUACUUCACGGCCUUGGUGAACAUGGAGAUGAGCUUACAUUCCAUGGAGGUAGUGAACCGAUUGACCAUGUCUGUGGAUCUUCCACCAGAAUUCAUUCAUCUCUACAUCUCCAAUUGCAUCUCUUCCUGUGAGAAUAUCAAGGACAAGUACAUGCAGAAUCGUUUGGUGCGCCUGGUGUGCGUGUUCCUGACCUCGCUCAUCCGCAACAAGACCAUCAGCGUGACUGAUUUGUUCAUCGAAGUGCAGGCUUUCUGCAUAGAGUUCAGUCGUAUCCGCGAGGCAGCGAGCCUUUUUCGGCUACUCAAAACUCUCGAAGCAGAGAGUCCCGGUCCCCAGCUUCGCAAAGACUCAGCCCUGGCCACGUAGAAGAGGAAAAA